AUGGCUGAAAAAGAGAAACCGGGUCCUCUUAGGUUCCUUCUGGCGUUGGCUAUCGUCCUUUUAGUAGUGUAUUGCUUAUCACUGAGCGUAUUCUUGGUAUAUUUCAUGAGAGAAUAUAGUCUGCUUAAACAGAGCGUACAAGAUUUACGAAGCCGCGUUGUGUCCUUGGAGGAAAGAAGGGUUACAGCUAGGGCGACUGUUUCUCCCUCGGGUAAUCUAAAAACACGUGAAAACAAGGAACCAUAUAUUGGGGGAACCCAACAGGUGAGUUGCUAUUCGGAAAAUUCUUUCACGUAAUCAGAAGAUCUGAGAUCGAUGUCGUGUUGAAAGCAUCUUAAAUCAUGUAAUUUGCAUUCUAAUGAGCUGGGGGUAGAAAUCUACAUAUCUCGGUUGUCUACCAUUGUUUGUGUCUUCUAAACAGCACGACAACUUUACUUCCUUAUUAUCAAUAAUUCUUGAUAAUCGAGAAAUCGUCUGAUCGUGAUCAUUCUGUCUAUUUUUACAGUUGAGAAACAUUGCUUUUAUCAUUCUUGUAAACAAAAAACGUUAUCAAAUUGCAAGUUCUUCCUUCUUUCUUUAACUAUAAAGCUUGCUCCUAGUUCCUCGAUCCUUUGAGCAUGGUAGUGUAUAAAGGGCCACAGGGAAAUCAAUAUUACAGUACUUAAAAAGCAGCAAAGACAUACUGUGCUGAGUCCGAUAUCCUAAUAUAACUUUAUCUGCGGACACUGUAAUAUCCUCGAGCUAUCUUGACUCAAAGUUCAAACAGAGGUCAAGCAGUUUUGCUUGAUCAGUUGUGAAUGCCCAAUGUGGUUUCCGGUGAGAUGAACUACACGGCAAGACGUGUCAAGACGAGAUUCCUUCCCACUCUGUUGCCAGACAUCAAGGAGCCAGCUCUUGGCCCAACUCCUGGCAGGGAGGGGGGGGAAUACUCAUGGUCUCUUGUGGUAAGGGUGUACAACAAGCUUCCCAAAACCAUAGAGAGAAAUAGUACCCAAUUCCAUUACUUGAUUCCAAAGAGCUCAAAAUCCCACCCUUUUUGCAUUGUCUGAGACCUAAACGGUUAAAAUUCAUUGUUAGUUUCAGAGCAAAAUGGGUAGAAAAUCAUACCCUUGGUGCUGCACAAACCAAUACAGCACAUAUAACAGAACGGGGAGUACCCUAUCACUCUCCUCUCUGCCCUCGGGCCCCCCGGCUUUUCAUAAAUAACUGACGCACGAGAACAGAACGCACUUCCUGGUGCAUGGCGGUAGCCUCCACUUUAAAGAAACCACGUGUAGAGACUGUUAUGUUGUUAUUUCCGUCAUUAAUUCCUGUCAUGCGUCUUGGCUCAGUAUUGAGGAAAAUUAGAGUUUCCGGACAUAUACACGUGGUCAAACUUGAAGUAAAAAGUGGGUUCCACUGAUAUGCAGCUUGUUCAUACCACCAAUUCCAACUCAUCUUUCUAAAAGCUCGUCAGCUGAUGCCAUUUAUAGUUAGAAGUGAAAUUAGUGUCACCCUGCGAGUGGAGCCUCCCUUUCCCAAAAUCGAGCAAGCGAAAGAAAGGCUCUAGGCUGCUAGCAGGGUGAAUCAGUGUACGAGGCAGUCGUGAAAAUUUCGGCGGAGAACCGAACGACCAAUAGAGAGACGCUCUGUGACUUGUAGGCCUGUUUCAAACGUCGUGCUACUGCCGUGGUGCAAAGCUGGCUCGACUGUAGCUCGACUGCAGCACGACACUAGCACGACUUGGUUUCAGACGUCAAAUUUAAUUCAGUCGAAUAGAACGGCAAUUGCCGGAAACAAAACACAAAAAAAAAGAAACAGUUUAGCAAACUUUUAAAUGUAUUCCAAUGUACUUAUAAUUUACGAAAUGAGUUCGGCACGGCAGUAGCGCGACGUUUGAUCGAGCUACUGCCGUGUAGCACGGCAAACCUUGACCUGCAACACGGCAGUAACACGACUUGGUUUCAAAAGUCGCUCUACUUCCGUGCUCAAGUCGAAUUUAAUUAACUACAUCAAUUUAUUUCGGCACGGCAGUAGCACGACGUUUGAAACGGGCCUUACCAAGGUCAUCUUUGAAAUUCAGUAUCCAUUUAAAAUGCGUUUAUCACGGCCAUUGGAGAGCACAGAGCUUUACAACCUUCCUCAUGCUUGUCAUUCUUUUAACCUUCCAUAUGUAGCGGAGACGGAAGCUACCUGCAAGCGAAAAGCAAAAAAACGGUUUAAGCUGCUGUGCCUAAAUUAGAAAACCGAUAUCUACAUUUGCAUUGUAUAUUAACAAUUCGUAGUAUCUAAAUGCCCAUAACACGCCCGUAGACUACACAGAUCAAUCAACAAUCAACGUACAGUUGAUUAACUUAAUUUUCGCGGAAAUUUAACCGUUCAUGCGUUUACCGUUGCGUUCAGCAAAUGAACGCAACAGAGGCAGGACGAUUACCAAGCUUUGACAAAUUAGAACCACAAUUGAAAACGGCGUUCGCACUUCGUUAUCACUGAAACUUUGAUCAAGCAGAACUUGCUUUGAUCCAGCGCAUGAUUUCGUGUAACUAAAGUUCAAAAUUACCCGUUCGUAACUUCAAAUACAAGUAGGCGGUUUAGUUUACGGUGGGAAUGCAAUGACCUUGCUUCAAGUUAUAACCGGCUAUAAAACGCGUUUCGCUCAUCAUUCUUUUAUCCUUCAGUUACGACAGACUGAAGUUUUCGAUGUUAGAAGCAUACUUCAUGGAUCACGAAUCAGAAGAAAUUCACAAUCACCAACUUGUGUUAUGUGUCAAACCAGGGAAGGGCCCCAAGGUAGGUUUCCAGUCACGAAGAGGGUUGGGGUGAGAACUAUGCCACUUAUUCCAUUCGCCAUUGCACAUCUCCCAUAAUACACCUUGUUUGCGCUCCUUCCCCCCCCCCCUUAACCUUUAAUUUAAUCCUCGCUGGGUAUUACAGUCGUCUUAAGAGAAAUUGAAGAUUAUGCUUAUGCAAAAUUUUUGGGGGCAAACGAGGUGUAUUAUGGGAGAGGUGCAAAUGGAGAAUGUGGUGUUUGUAGCGCCUGCACUUGCCAUGCGCAGCGAUUUCGGCUAAACUUCGCGAAUUCCAGAAAAUAAUAGUGCCAAAUCCAAUCUUUUCUACCGCAACAAUGGCACAAAAUCGACAUUUAGGUUGAGUUUGUUGUUCAUUGUAGCCGCGGUUAACUUAUUCCCUGUUAUAAGAACAGCAUUUUUCCUUAAGUCCCAUUCCAUCUGAAAUCAGUUAUAUAUUGAAAACAUCUUGUACCCACAACACAAUAAACAUUAUUACUUAUGCAUGGAAAUGACGAUGAAUACAUCACUUACAGCAUUCUUUACUCCUAAUUCUCACGUCUCUAUCAUAUCAGAAUGCUAGAGCUAUAAAUAAUUUUCAUCGUGUAAAGAUAUGAACUGAUGUUUUCAAUACUUCUUCGUUUCCUUUUUAGGCCCAAAGGGAAAGAGAGGGAAAAAAGGACCAAGAGGUUAUUCAUAUUUUCUUUAAAACUCAGCAGUCAAUUUUUAGAAACUAAAUAUUAAUUAUAUUAAAUAAUAUUAUUAAUAAUAUUAACGUAAUGAUAAUAUUAAUAUUAAUAAUUAAUAAUAUUAAUUUAAUAAUGUUAAUUUAAAAUUAAAUAAAUAUUAUGGUGAAUUCAGGACAUUGCGUGAGGACAGAGCUCUUGUUUGAGAUUGGAAACGUUUCAUGUAGUUAAGAGCUGUGGAUGACAUUCUGCAGUGUAAAACAUUCAAAUGAAACCUUUUCAGCAGUACCUUCACAUGAAACCGCCUGUUAUCUAGUAUUUCACAAAAUGGAAUUCUUUAAAUUUUGACAUUAGGCACUCAAGAGACCAAUGAAGUCGAAACCGGCUUUGUUAAGUAUAAGGUUGGCCUCCUGAUUUCCUGACUAUUUUAUCCACCGGGACUUCGGUAACUGGCUGUUAAAUAGAGGGCAGCUGCUUGGUAGAGGCUCAACUGUAAUUAUUAUUAUUUUUUUAAUGUUUUUUUUUCUCUAGGCGAGAAAGGUCCUCAAGGUCCCGUUGGUCCCGCUGGUCCUCCAGGUCCCGGGGGACCACAAGGAGUUCCCGGGCAAACUGGCCCGCAGGGCUUGCAGGGACUGAAAGGAGAUCCGGGACCACAAGGUAAGACACCUAUAAAUCUCUACGAAAUGGAGGUAUAUAUUAAAAAUCGGCAGCCGAGCAAAAGACGUUACUCAGCAAGCUAGAGAAAAGUAAAAAGGCCACUUAGAAAAAAUACAAUAAUAUUCUCAAAUUGUCGUUUGGGUAGAGCUUCAUGUAAACCUGACUUUCACAUUUUUUUGCGGAGACUAUAAAGGUUAAUGUAAAUUUAGGCUUUCGCAGUUAAAUCAACGUUUGCUGUUUUUCUUGUUUAUCCAGGUGAACGAGGACCUGCGGGACUUAUGGUAAGUAAGUUCACUUGCUUUAGUGACUAAGCUUAAAAGAACACCGAUUACUUUCCUUGAUACUAACAGAGUGUCAGGUUUUUUUAUUGCGUUUGUUAAAAGUAAAGUUAAUUUUGUUUCAGAAUAGAGAUUAAUGUCAGUCUGUCAAAGGUACUGGGAGACUUUAUCGUCUGUGAAUGGAGACCCUAAAUGGGGUCAUUGAUAUGGAAGCUCUCACGUAGCGUGGAACUUUCUUGUAGUCAGUUAAUUAUGUUGUACAAGGUGUUUUGAAUUUUUUAUCUGAGAAUGAAGUCCUAAAUUGUGACGACUAAAGUGAAAACUGCCGAGCAGUAUUUUCCCUUUGUGUUGUUAAUUAUGCUGUAGAUAACUAAGAGCGACAUUUUUUUCCUUUCUUAGGUGGCAGAGAGCGCUCACUUAGUUGGAGAUGGAAGAAGGGUCCACCACGCCGGUACGGAUCCAGUUACUCUUCUCUUUUUUAAAAUUCGUUUUUGUUGACUGCCUUCAGUCAACUUGCGUCCUGUUACAGUUAGAAACUAAUGCCCAAUCUUGAUCAAGGCUUUGUACAAAAGUUAAUACUAUAAGCACGAAAAAUCUAAACCGCAAGGCGAAUAACUCAAUAUACUCGGACGUUCAGUCGGUGUCCAUUGGUGUAUGCGUCGGUUUUUUUUUUUUUUAGAGUCGUUGGCGAGUAAAAAGGAGUACCCUGUAAACAGGUUCCCUAGAGUGGUCUAUAGCGAAGGGAAAGAAACAGAAAAGCUCUAGCAAAGAGGGGUUAGCUUACGACCACGUCUUCCCUAAAUCUCUCUUCUCUUUUUUUCGCCUCGCUCGUGAACAGGCAAAAAUGGAAGAGUGGCCUGCAAGGAGAAGUAAAAUUUCCAGACCGAAGUAAAACGAGUUUACAGUUUUAUCAACUCCCUUGCCGUUAAGACUGUUUUUCUUACGAGAAUUUAUUGCAUGAACGGUAAUCCGUUUGCUUUGGUGUUUCCUUAGUAAGUUUAACUCUGUGACACUACAAGGCGGACAAAAACGCACACCACUGAAUUGUUCAAGUACUAGCGCUUAUGAACUUUCAACUUUUUUCCUCAGGAACCGUGAAUCGCUGGAAGGAAGAUCAUCCUGGUCAUGUAAGAGGUAAUAUAGUAUUUCGAAAGCACCAGGGUGCAUUGGUGGUCGGUCGUUCUGGAACGUACUACGUUUACAGUCAAAUGUACUACUACGAUUGUACCAGCUAUUCCAUGAGUCACUACACCGUACUGAAUCAAGACAAGAUUCUUGGAAGCAUUUCCAGUGUGGCAGGAUGCAGUAAAGAGUACUACACAAACUACCACGGCGGCAUUUUCCAUCUGAAUCGCGGAGAUACCCUCAAAGUGGAAGUGUACAAGAGUAAGAAGUAUUUUAUGGAAGCGCGGCUCACAUACUUUGGAUUGUACAUGUUGUAUCCCGAUUGAAAUUAUGUUGGAAAUCGUUCAACUGCAAAUGCAAUCAUACGUCCCUCAUUUUUGAUGUUACUGAGGUAGAACAGGUUGCACCUUCAAAAAACAUUACCUGUUAAGUUUUUUCCAUGUAGAGACAUCAAAGAUAUCCUCCGAAAAAGGAGUAUUGACAUUACCAAAACAACGAAUAACAUGGCGGUUUUAUGGUCAACUCUAAUCUUGUACAGUCCCUUAAGUUAGAACACCCUGUACCACAAGAAAAUACUGCAUUGGGAAAUCAUUUAAGUAAACGCGCGAGAGCUCCUACAACGCAAUUCUUGCUUAAACAAAAAUUAUGAAAAGGUUGACCAGUGCAAUAGCAAUAUCGGCAUUGCCAUCGGAGUGACGCUUAGGUUUGUCGAAUAACGUUACUUACAUCAAAAAAGAUAACUGCGGGGCGAUAAAGCUUACACUGCUUGAUCGUGAUUUUAAGCACAGUUUACGAUGUAUAAAUUUUUGUAGUAUGAAGAAGUCGCGUUUUAGAUUGUUUGUAUUUUUGUCGCCCACCUUGUUUGUAUGCCAAGCCAAGGCACCCAGGGCCGAGAAAAAUUAUGUUCGAGUUCGCCCCUCCCUCCUCCUCUAGUUGUGCACGAGUGGACUCCUGACUUAAUUGAGGGUCUAAUUCCGCCACUGUUUUUGACGUAAGGGGAAACAAUUUUCCGUGUAUAUAAGGGCAUUUUCGGCAUCCGAAAAGUAAAGCAGAUACUGCAUUAAUGUAGAAUCAAGGUCUUGAAACCAAGCAGUAAAUAAUGACACUAGGAGUAAUUGAGCCUUCACCUCCCUUGACCAAUUGACCAGAAUUAAGAUUUUCCUAAGAACAUCUAUGCUUAGUUAAGUACUAAGAGAGGCGGGCAAAAGGAGUUUUUGUAUUCUUAUGUUGAGAGUUGAGGGGUUACUGAGUAUAGUUUUGUAAAUAAUCGCCAGCAAUGUAAUGUUUUUUUUUUUGAGACAGAGUUUAAGAGGAAAACCCCAACACGCGGAAAAAUUGUCUCGCGCGCGCCCCAAAGGAUUACUAACCGCGAGCCUGUCGAGUGUUUAGGUAGUUCCAUUAUCUCUGAGAGAAAACAAGAGACUUAUCCUUUCUAGUGUAUUGUAAAUUGUAAAAACCAAUGUAGAAACAGAAAAAGCGCAGUAAAGCUAAAUGCGAUUAACGUGUUACAGUAAUUCAUUGGUUCGCAAUGUGAUAAAAUUACUGAUACCUCGUUUUUUUCUGGUAAAAAGCGGUGUACAUUUUAGCUAGAGAAAAUUCUGACGCAAUUUCUAUAAACAACAGCUUUUCUAAAUCAGCACGAUUUUUAAAAGAAAUAAUUUUGCAAAGCAUUUGCAAAAGCUGGUCUACUGAACUCUUUCAUGACAGUGUAAAUACCAUUACAGCAUAUCGACUUGCCAAGAUAUGUCCUUAAAAACUAUUUGUGUGUGCAAAUAAAGUAAUCGCAAAUAAACUGUAUCGUUUUCUACGAUAUACAUAGCCCAAAAUUGUUCUAUUGAAACCGCAAAGCUAGCCAUCAGAGCUACGAAAUUGUCAAUAACCAAUUGGUAGUGUU